CAUUUCAUUCAUUGCGGAACACAGUUGUUUUGUGAAAUUACAACAGUUUUUAAAAUUUCGAUGUUUAACAUAUUUUACCCAUCCCACAGAUCAGAAUUAUACAUCAAUAUGUUGUGUGUUGUUGAGCUUUAGUGUCGGUGAUAAACUAAUUACCUACCUUCGUUUUUGAUUAAAUCGUGUAGCAAAAACAUCCAAAAUGAGGCUGGCAGGGACCAUUUUCUCUAAUGUGACAAAAAUGCUGGACUUUUACGCGCAGUUUAAUCCAUCGCCUUUGUCUAUAAAGCAGUUUAUAGAUUUUGGUUUAAAUGCGUGCGAAAAGAAAUCAUACAUAUUCCUAAGAAAGGAGCUACCAGUAAGACUGGCGAACAUAAUGAAAGAGAUAGCGCUACUACCGGAAAACCUUCUUCGGAUGCCGUCGGUCGGUCUCGUGAACCAGUGGUACGAGCGUUCCUUCGCCGAAAUUAUCAGGUUUGAGAAGAUGGAUCCGGAACAGAAGGUGCUUAGCGAAUUCUGCGAGAGACUAGUCCACAUCCGAAAUCGGCAUGCGGACGUAGUCCAGACCAUGGCCCAAGGAGUCUUAGAGCUGAAAGAGUCACAUGAAGUGGACUGUGGGGUGGAGCACUCCAUACAAUACUUCCUCGACCGGUUCUACAUGAGCCGCAUCUCCAUCAGGAUGCUGAUCAACCAACACACAAUCCUCUUUGGCGAACAGCCUGUGGGCGCCAAGCAAGCGUCCGUGAACGGUAUGGGCAACGGCGGCCGACACAUCGGGUGCAUCGACCCCGCGUGCGACGUGGUGGGCGUCGUGCAGGACGCGUACGAGAACGCGAGGUUCCUCUGCGACAGAUACUAUCUGGCGUCACCGGAGCUGGUGCUGCUGCAGUGCGGAGUCCCCAGCGAGCGCCCCAUGCCCGUGGUGUACGUGCCCUCUCAUCUGUACCACAUGCUCUUCGAGCUGUUCAAGAACGCCAUGAGGGCCACCAUGGAGAGUCAUGAGAGCUGCCCGCCGCCGAUCACUGUCAAUAUUGUGCCGGGGAAAGAAGAUGUAUCUGUUAAGAUGUCAGACCUCGGCGGUGGCAUACCCCGCAGCGUAUCGGAUCUCCUGUUCAAGUACAUGUACAGUACGGCGCCACAGCCUUCGAAGUCGGACUCGCAUACCGUACCGCUGGCCGGUUACGGGUACGGGCUGCCUAUAUCACGGCUGUACGCGCGGUAUUUCCACGGAGACUUGACGCUCAUGUCCUGCGAGGGUUACGGCACAGACGCCGUCAUCUAUCUGAAGGCGCUCUCGAACGAGGCGAACGAGCUGCUCCCGAUCUUUAACAAGACCUCGAAGAAGUUCUACCGGCCCUCGGCGCAGCUAGCCGAUUGGUCGGGGAGCCUGCAGACCGCCGGCACGCCCAAGGGCAGCCGCGAAAAGGUCUCGCCUCUGUCGCAUAGUGUUGCGUAA